AUGAGGAACACUUGCCUGUGGGAUCUCCUGCUAAACAGACUCGCUGCUUUUUACUGUGUAUGGAUUUCUGCAGUGUACUGUACUUUUUCAAAAAAUUGUCAAAACUUAUGUACAAGUAACCUGGAAGGAGAACUUGGAAUUACUAACCUUUGCAAUGUUAGUGACAUCACUGGAGCGUGCACACAGGGAUGUCUGUUUUGGAAUGCAACAGUGCAAAUCAAUUGCCCACUGAAAUGUAACAAGACAUACACCAGAGCAUGUGAGACAGUUUCCUGUAAGUUUGGCUGUAGCAGUGCAGAGGAUGCAUAUGGAGUUGAAGCACAGAACUACUUGAACAAGCCUAGAGCACCAUUUGCAUCUACCAUUGGAAGCCACAGUGUCACAUUAGGGUGGAAGCCAGCUAACAUCUCUGGGGUGAAAUAUAUUAUCCAGUGGAAGUUCAAUCAGCUCCCUGGAGACUGGAGGUACACAGAGGUAGUAUCUGAAACUUCAUAUACAGUCAAAGACCUUCAAGCCUUCACAGAAUACGUGUUUCGAGUAGUUUGGAUCAUUACAUCUCAGCUGCAGCUCCAUUCUCCAUCUAGUCCCAGUUACCGGACACAUGCUUUUGGAGCUCCUGCGACAGCUCCCAUUAUUAAAGAUAUUCAGAGUUCAAGUCCAAACACUGUUGAAGUUAGCUGGUCUCCACCACUUUUUCCAAAUGGAUUGAUUGUUGGAUAUAACUUGCUCCUGACCAGUGAGAAUCACGAACUGUUGAGAGCCUCAAGAGGGCAUAGCUUUCAGUUCUACUCCACCUUCCCAAACAACACUUACAGGUUCAGUAUUGUGGCGGUUAAUGAGUUUGGUGCUGGACCCCCUGCCGAAGCCAACAUCACAACCCCAGAAUCCAAAGUUAAAGAAAAAGGAACAUGGCUCUUCCUAUCCAGAAACCAGUCUUUAAGGAAGAGAUACACAGAACAUUUCCUUGAAGCUGCCCAGUGCCUGCAAAAUGGUAUUAUACACCACAACAUUACAGGAAUUUCUGUGAAUGUUUAUCAGCAAGUUGUCUAUUUUUCUGAGGGGAAUUCCAUCUGGGUGAAAGGAGCUGCAAAUAUGUCUGAUGUAUCUGACCUAAUGCUCUUUUAUGCUGGCUGGGGGAAUAUUACGUCCAUCUCAGUAGACUGGCUUUACCAGAGGAUAUACUUUGUCAUGAAUGAAAAGAUACAUGUCUGCCAUUUAGAGAACUGCACGGUAGCUGAAGAUAUCACUCCUCUUUAUGUGACAUCUCCUAGGAAGGUUAUAGCUGAUCCCUAUAAUGGCUAUAUUUUCUGUCUCCUGGAGGAUGGCAUAUACAGAGCAAACCUUCCACUCUUUCCUGGCACUGCCUCCACAGCUUCACCAGUAGUGAAAUCCAGUGCUCUGAGAGACUUCAUGAUCAACUUCCAAUCUAAGAGACUUAUUUUCUUCAACAAAACAGAACAGGCCUUUGUGUCAGGUUUUCUUGAUGGUUCAGAAUUUCACAUGCUGCGAUCACACGUGCCACUUAAUGACAUGGAGAGCUUUGUUUAUGAGGAUAACACGUUUACUGUCACAGAUGGCUGGGCAGUUUUCCAUGAGGAGGUCUCUCUGGUGGGGAGUUCUAGCUUCAAUGAAUAUGUUGUGGAUUGCAAUUUGGCGUAUCCAGAGUACUUUGGCUUUGGCAACUUGCUUUUCUAUGGGGCAUCAACUCAGCCUGUUCCUUUACCAACUCCUCCUCGGCUUGUCACGGUGCUAUUUGGAUUGGACCAAGCUGUGAUCAGCUGGAGACCACCUGAACACACUAUUGGAACCAGUCUAUCUGCUUGGCAGAACUGGACCUACGAUGUGAAAAUGUCUUCUCAGCAUCCAUCAGAGGAGGAAUGGGUUGUCUCAAACAUUGAUGACACUAGGUUUACAGUGAAGGAGCUGGCCAGCUUCACAGCAUAUGAAGUGUCAGUCAGAGCUGUGUCUCCUGCUGGUGAAGGGCCAUGGUCGGAGUCAUUUAGGGGCACAACUUUAGAAGAAGCUGAAGAAGAACCGUAUGUGUUGGCAGUGGGGGCUGAAGGGCUCUGGAAGCAGCGGUUGGAUAGCUAUGGGCCAGGAGAACUCCUCUAUCCUCAUAUAAGAAAUAUUUCAGACCUCGACUGGUAUAAUGACACUCUUUAUUGGAUUAAUUCCAUGGGGGAAGUUCAGACCUGGUCAUUGAACAAAAGAGAGGGUACCACUGAGAAUACUUAUGUAUCUGAUGUCAGAAAUGCGAGGAUGUUGGCCUUUGAUUGGUUGGGUCAAUGCUUGUACUGGGCUGGCAAAGCAAAUACGAUCUACAGAAAAUCACUGCUGGGAGGCCAUAUGGAUGUUGUGGCUCAUGUUGCAUUCCUAGUGAAGGAUCUAGUAGUGGAUUCAGUAAAUGGCUAUUUGUAUUGGGCCACAGUGUAUUCAGUGGAGAGCGCAAGACUGAAUGGAGAGGAGUAUCUUAUGUUACAAGAGCAGCUACAGUUUUCUGGUAAACAGGUGGUUGGUUUAACUUUGGAUCUCACCUAUGAUUUUCUUUACUGGCUUGUGCAAGACAGUCUAUGCUUAAACCUAUACAGGGUUUCUCUUUGCAAAGAAGGUUGUGGUAAUGCCAUCAUCACAGAAUUCGCAGCAUGGAGUACUUCAGAAAUAUCACAGGGCGCACUGGAAUACUACAGUGGUCGUCUGUUCUGGAUUAAUAGUCUUCAGUUCAUUACAACUCAGGAAGUCAAUCAGAGCCUUAGCAUUCCCUUCUCACAACCAGCAGAGUUUGCAGCCUUUACCCUUGUUCACACAUCACUUAAACCUUUGCCAGGAAAUUUUUCUUUUACACCAAAAGUGAUUCCAGAUUCAGUGCCAGAAUCUUCCUUCCGGAUUAAAGGAAAUUCUUCAAGUUUUCACAUCACUUGGAGUCCCUCCACAAAUGUGGAAUGGGGAACUGUCUUUUACUGCGUGGGAUCAAAAGCUCUACCUGUGAGGACUUUGGAGAGUGAACGGUGCCUCCAUCCCCAUAACCUGACAGUGCCAUCCUACCAGGUUGAUUGGCUGGAACCAUUUGCACUCUUUGAUUUUACCGUCACUCCAUACACAUACUGGGGCAAGGCACCAACAACAUCUGUAUCCCUUCGAGCCCCUGAAGGAGUUCCUUCAGCCCCUACAAAUCCUAGAAUAUAUGUGUUACGAAAUAACCUACCUGAAAGUGAUGAGAAAGUCCUUGUGGAAUUCAGGUGGGACAGACCCGAAAGGAACAACGGAGUAUUAAUGCAGUUCAGGGUUUACUAUCAACUAUUGAGUCAGAGAGGCACUGCUGACACUUUCACGGAGUGGAACGCGAGUAACGUUAAACCCACCCUGACGCUCUUUUCUCUCAGGGAUGUGCUUCCUAGCCUCACAGUAAGGUUUCAGGUGCAAGCCUUCACCUCUGUGGGUCCAGGACCUUUGUCUGAUAUAGCAGAGAGGAAUUCAUCAGAUCUUUUCCCUGUCCCAACUCUUAUAACUCUUUCUGCCAACAAGUUGUUUCUUACUGACAUAGACAAUAAUCAUACCAUAUGGGAACUUUCAGCAAAGACAAAUGUAAAGGACAUCUGUUAUACUGCUGAUGAUGACAAAGCGUACUAUAUCGUAGAAGACUCUCUUUUUCUUCUGAAUAUACAGACUACUACAAAGUUUCAGUUUUUCAAAGGUGCAUAUCUUCGCAAUGCCACAGCCAUCACAGUUGACUGGAUUGCAAGACAUCUCUUUGUUGCCCUGAAAACACCAUGGAAUGAAACUCAAAUAUUUGUUAUCGAUCUUGAGCUCAAGACAAAAUCUCUAAAACCCUUGAACAUACAGUUGGGUAAAAGUAAUUCAACUGUAUCAUCUCUGUUGUCAUAUCCUUUCUUAAGCCGCUUGUACUGGAUGGAAGAGCUUGAUUAUGGCAGCCGCAUGUUUUAUUAUGAUAUUCUGAAUAACACUGUACACCACAUUUUGGGAUACGUAUCAGUAGAAGAACAGAUGAGGAACUACUGCACCUGUAACGUGGCAGCGGCAGAGCUAGGAAGACCUAUGACUAUAGAUGUGUCUGACUCCAAAAAUCCCCAGCUGCUCUUUAUCAGAGGAAGAGAUGAAAUAUGGGCCUCAGAUGUGGAUGGUUGCAACUGCUGGAGAAUUACCAAAAUACCAAGCUUUCAAGGUAAGAAAAUUGGCAGCUUGGCUUUCGAUAAGAAAUUUAUAUACUGGAGCAUUGAAACAAAGGAAUACACUGAAAUUUGGCUAGCAAAUAAAGAAAGCACAAGACACUUUCUUCAGAAGAGAGCAAAUCAUGAGCUGAAAAUAUUAGCCUACAGCUCAGCGGCGCAAUUGUAUCCAGAUAAAAGAUGCCUGAUUCUAUUGCCAGACACUGAGAAACCUACUAUCCUUGAUACGACGAACACCAGUUUUACAUUAAGCUUGCCAUCUGUCACACCACAGCAGCUAUGCCCUGGAAUAUCGCAGCCUACACCGACAUAUCUGGUAUUUCUUGGACAAAUGACUAACAACCGCAGGAACUCAAGCUACUGUUUGUCUGCUCUACAGCAAAAACCAUUGGAAUUUCAGGGUCCUAUAGCUGUCAUAGACAACCUACAGCCAUUUUCAAGUUAUGUUAUACAAGUUGCAGUGAAAAACUACUAUUCAGAUGAGGAAGUGCUGCCUAUGGGAAAAGAGACAAUUGGCACAACUCUAUAUGGAGUACCAGAGGCAGUUGAUUCCAUUAAGACAGUAGUUUUGUCUGACACCAUCAUCAACAUAUCUUGGAGUGAACCUCUGAAGCCAAAUGGACCUCUAGAAUCCAUCCGCUAUCAAAUCUCUGUCAAUUUAUUACCUCCUGUCCCAGUGACACCCUUGCAAAAAAGUGAAUUUCCAAAUGGGACGCUUGCCUGGUCUGUCGGUGGGCUCCAAUCCGGAACAAACAAUUUAUUCAAGGUUCUUGCAUUUCAUCCCGACGAGAAAUGGUUUUCUGAAAGUGCCCCUGUCAUUGCAAAAACUUUUGAGACUCCACCUGCACCUGUCAACAUAGUUCCCAGAAAUACCAGUUUCCAGCUAGAAUGGAGAGCUCCUCUGCAUGUCAAUGAAACCAGCUUCUGGUUUGAGUUGCAUAAGUGGCAAACAAAAAGUGACUGGUUUUCUCCUGCAAGCACUACAUGCACAGCGGGUCUUGUUUACACAUGCAAUCUCACAGGAACUCUUCCUUCAACCAACUACUUUGUAAGAGUAACAGUAGUUUAUGUUACAGGAGUGAAAAGCACUUCCUCUUCAACAAGGUUUAAAACUACAGCUGGUGUUCCCAGUAAGCCAGGAGUUCCAAAAAGAGCAGAAGACACUAAAAACUCUGUACAGUGGGAAAAGGCUGAUGACAAUGGAAGCAACCUGACCUACUACAUCUUAGAAAGCAGAAAGCGGCCUGACAACACCGGCAAAGUGAAGUCCUUGUGGGAGGUGGUUUACAACGGCUCCUGUGCCAGUAUUUGCACAUGGAAGGCCAAGAACUUAGAAGGAACUUUCCAGUUCAGAGUGGCAGCUGCAAAUGGGCUGGGACUUGGUGAAUACAGUGACACAAGCAAAGAUAUAAUUUUAGGUGAAGAUACUAUGAUCUCCCCAGACACCAUGAUUGCCAUUGCUGCUGUGAUCGGAGUUGUUGUGCUGGGCUUGACUGUGGUCAUGCUAUUUGGUUUUGUAUGGCACCAAAGAUGGAAAACCAGAAAACAGGCCUUGCCUGGACAGAUAGUGUUUAUCAAGGAAGAUAAAGAAUUAGCUCAACUUAGGGGAAUGGCUGAGACAGUGGGACUAGCCAAUGCCUGUUAUGCUGUAAGGACUCUUCCUUCUCAAGCAGAGAUUGAAUCAUUGCCAUCUUUCCCUCGGGACAAACUAAACUUACACAAAUUGUUAGGAAGCGGAGCAUUUGGAGAGGUGUAUGAAGGGACUGCACUAGAUAUCCUGGCAGAUGGAAGUGGAGGGUCCAAAGUAGCAGUCAAGACUUUGAAGAAGGGUGCGACAGACCACGAGAAGAGUGAAUUCUUGAAGGAGGCACACUUAAUGAGUAAAUUUGAUCACCCCCACAUUCUGAAGUUACUUGGCGUGUGCCUGUUAAAUGAACCUCAGUACCUUAUACUGGAGCUGAUGGAAGGAGGGGAUCUACUUAGCUAUUUACGAGGAGCCAGAAAGCAAAAGCUCCAGAGUCCCUUACUGACAGUGACUGACCUCUUGGAUAUAUGUUUGGAUAUUUGCAAAGGCUGUGUCUAUUUAGAGAAAAUGCAUUUUAUACACAGGGACCUGGCUGCUCGCAACUGCCUUGUGUCUGAGAAGGAAUAUGAGAGCUCCUCCCGGGUAGUAAAGAUUGGUGAUUUUGGACUUGCCAGAGAUAUCUAUAAAAAUGAUUAUUACAGGAAAAGAGGAGAAGGCCUACUCCCUGUCAGAUGGAUGGCUCCUGAAAGCCUCAUUGAUGGUGUCUUUACAAAUCGCUCUGAUGUCUGGGCUUUUGGAGUCUUAGUGUGGGAAACAUUAACUUUGGGUCAACAACCGUAUCCAGGUUUCUCCAAUACAGAAGUUUUACACCAUGUACGAUCAGGAGGAAGGCUGGAAUCUCCAAACAAUUGUCCCGAUGACCUAUGUGAUUUGAUGACAAGAUGCUGGGCCCAAGAACCUCACAACAGACCUACUUUCUCUUAUAUUCAGGACAAACUGCAAGAGACAAGACACUCUCCACUGUCCUUCAUCCACUACCUUGAAGACAAAGAGGCAGCAACUGGAGUCAUCAACCAAGCUUUUGAAGAUAGUGAUGUUCCAUGUGCAGAUUCAGACAGUAUUCUUUCAGCCACGCUAAUGGAAACAAGGAAUCAGGAGGGCUUAAAUUAUUUGGUAUUAGUCAAAGAAGGCAAUCAAGAUCAAGGAAGCAUCAAUUCUGCUGAACUUAGUUAA